AUGGCCAUAGUUUUGAGAUUUUUUGAUGCAGAAGGGAUCAUACGGGAAAGAUUCUUGGAUUUGGUUCAUGUUAGGGAUACCUUAUCAUUAAACUUGAAAACAAAUAUGUGGACCCAACUUUUGCACUAUCAGUUUGAUGUUAGUAAAAUCCGUGGCCAAGGUUAUGAUGGUGCUAGUAAUAUGAGAGGGGAAUGGAAUGGAUUACAGACACUUGUUCUUAAGGAUUGUCCGAUUACAACUAUUGGUGCUUCCAGUAAGCGUUAUGAUGAGUUACAAAAGGCAAAGGCAACUGAGACUGAACAUUUAUUGGAACUUGGUGAAAUCGAAUCAGGUAAAGGAUUGAAUCAAGGUGGGACAUUAAAAAGAGUUGGUGAUACAAGUUGGGGUUCUCAUUUUCGUUCCAUUUGCAGUUUGCUUAGCAUGUUUGAUUGUACCAGUGUUGUUCUCCAGGGAAUAAUUUAUGAUGUAUCUACUACUUAUUCUCAACGCGACGAUGCUGAUGCAGCUUAUUGUUACUUGAAAUCAUUUGAGUUUGUGUUUAUUCUUCACUUGAUGAAAGAAGUAAUGGGAAAAACUUAUAUACUUUCUCAAGCUCUGCAAAAGAAAUCCCAAGAUAUUCUUAAUGUCAUGGAGUUAGUUUCAGCAACAAAGGAGAGUCUAAAUGAUUUUAGGAACAAUGGAUGGGAUUCUUUAUUUGCACAGGUAAAGUUAUUUUAUUUGUUUAUGUCCACAUUGGACAAACAAUUACAUGAGUUGAAUAUUAGAUUCAACGAUCAAGCGAUGAAGUUGUUAAUUCUUAGUUCUACUUUAGUUUCAAAAGAACACCCUAAAGUGAUUAACAUUGAUCAGAUUUGUCUUCUUGUUGAGAAGUAUUAUCCUGAAGAUUUUAUGGAGUAA